AACUCAAAUCCACUCCUUUGGGGUAGAAAUGGGAACCGAUAGGAAGAUGUCUUCAAUAGUCACCCUUUUAGUCACUCUUGUAGUGGUUAUACUCUCAAGUUUCCCAUCAUUGACUACCGCAAACUACCCUUACUCGUCUCCACCUCCUCCACCUAAGGAACACUACGUAUACAAGUCACCACCACCUCCUCCACCAAAGAAAUCUCCACCACCACCACCACCCAAGCAUCCUUACGUUUACAAAUCGCCGCCACCGCCUCCACCAAAGGAACACUACGUGUACAAGUCACCACCACCACCUCCACCGAAGGAACACUACGUGUACAAGUCACCACCACCUCCUCCACCAAAGAAAUCCCCACCACCACCACCUAAACAUCAUUACGUGUACAAGUCACCACCACCUCCUCCACCAAAGAAAUCACCACCACCACCACCUAAACAUCAUUACGUGUACAAGUCACCACCACCACCUCCACCUAAGGAACAUUACGUGUACAAGUCACCACCACCUCCGCCACCUAAGAAAUCUCCACCACCACCACCUAAGCAUCAUUACGUUUACAAAUCACCACCUCCACCUCCACCGAAGGAACACUACGUGUACAAGUCACCACCACCACCUCCACCUAAGAAAUCUCCACCACCACCACCUAAACAUCAUUACGUUUACAAGUCACCACCUCCACCUCCACCUAAGGAACACUACGUUUACAAGUCACCACCACCUCCUCCUAAGAAAUCUCCACCCCCACCACCUAAGCAUCAUUAUGUUUACAAGUCACCACCGCCGCCUCCACCUAAGGAACACUACGUGUACAAGUCACCACCACCUCCUCCACCAAAAAAAUCACCACCCCCACCACCUAAGCAUCAUUAUGUUUACAAGUCACCACCACCACCUCCGCCUAAGGAACACUACGUGUAUAAGUCACCUCCACCUCCUCCACCAAAGAAAUCACCACCACCACCACCUAAACAUCAUUAUGUAUACAAAUCACCACCACCUCCACCUAAGGAACACUACGUGUACAAGUCACCCCCACCACCUCCACCUAAGAAAUCUCCACCACCACCUAAACAUCAUUAUGUUUACAAAUCACCACCACCACCUCCGCCUAAGGAACACUAUGUGUACAAGUCACCCCCACCUCCCCCACCUAAGAAAUCUCCACCACCACCACCUAAGCAUCAUUAUGUUUACAAGUCACCACCACCACCACCACCACCAAAGGAACACUACGUCUACAAGUCUCCACCACCUCCUCCACCUAAGGAACACUACGUAUACAAGUCACCACCACCACCUCCACCUAAGAAAUCUCCACCACCACCACCUAAACAUCAUUAUGUAUAUAAGUCACCACCACCGGUUUACAAGUCCCCACCACCGCCUCCACCUAAGGAACACUAUGUGUACAAGUCUCCACCACCCCCUCCACCUAAGGAACACUACGUGUACAAAUCUCCACCACCUCCACCACCGCCGGUGAAAAAAUACCCACCACCACAUUACAUCUACAGUUCCCCACCUCCUCCAUACCACUAAGGGGUGACUGCACUGUUAAGGAUUAAAGAAGUACAUGUUGAGUAAUAAAGAUUAUACUUUGAACUUUAAUCCAAGAGAUGAACAAUAAACAUGCACGACAAACAAUGGUUCAAUUUGAGCAGAAAGGGCUUGUAUUUUUAAUCAUGUAUCCAAUAAGUAUUUGUUUUAUGUUUUUUACAAUAAAUAAAAAAAAAUAAGUAGCAAAAGCUUGUUUUUGUACUUCCUUUAUCUUUUGUUUUGGCUUUCAAAAUAAAUAUAAUAAUUAAUUUAUUAAUA